AUGAAGUUCUCUACCAAGGCCGUAGCGCUUCUCUCCCUCGCCGCCCGGGUGCUCGGGUCGGACAUACCAGCGGACGGACAUGAAGAGCCCAUUGCGUGGGAGGUCGAGGUCCGGCCCGACGAAAAGGUGACGCUCCCCGGCACCGUGCAGGAGGUCCGCGCGCAGCUCCUCGAGCGCAACCCGGACUGGGACACGACCGUGGCACCGGUGCUCGCGGCCAGGGAGGCGGCGACGUCGAUACGGUCCCGGAUCAACCGUAGGGACGGCGACUAUUUCCCCGUGAUCCAGUGCGGCGUGGGUCAAGCGGCCGACAUACAGGCGUACCUGGAAAACCACAUCAAGUACCUCAGCAGCCUGAAGGGUAAGCCGAUCAACGGGCCCGGAGGUUGUGGCAGAGUCAGCUGCCAGCACAGCGUCGGGGUGUGGUGGUGCAACGAGCACAAAAAAAAUCCACUCGAGCUGAACUCGUGGAAGGCGCUCAGCGAUGGACUCGCGGCGCUUAGGGGUAGUUGCAUUAAGGAGGGCUCCGGCGCGGCUGGCAGCCUGUCAGGCUACCGCGUCAUAAUCGCCGGUGCCGAUUGCGGCAAGAAAGGCUGA